ACUGUUAGCUUCUGUUCAUAAGAGUACAUACACUAAUGUUGCAACUAAGCUCCAUAAAACGAGCUAUAGCUUCCGACGUCUAAUUAAAUAUAUAAGCUUACAAAUUCAGAAGGUGAUUUACAAUGCGACUUUUGCGGGCCUUAGAGCGGGAAUUGGAGUCAUUUUGUGAAGUUAAAGUGAAUGUUUUGGAAACAUAUUUCGAGGUCAAAAACGUUCACUUAAAAAUCUCCUUGACUGUAAUGCAAGAUAAAGUUGUAAAGCUGUGUCUGCCUAAACUAAUACAAGAUGGCUUGCUAAAAAUCCGCUAUUUAUACCAACACGAAAGGACAUUGAAAUUGAAGCUCAAAAUUGGCUUAGGUACGCGCCGGAAAGACUGGAAAAGAAAAAAAUUACUUUACCGGUUUCAGAUAGAAGAGCACAGCAAAAAUAAGUUUAGUUUGAUACCAUACGUAAACGUUUUUUGAUUGUUUUCAAAUAUAGGUAUACGUUAUUAGUUCA